UGUUAGUAAAUUUGAAAUGGAACGUAAUGAAAAAUCAUUAAAUCUACUAUUAAAAACACGUCCAAAAGAUGUCUUUGAUGUAUUUAAACGUCAUUGUGAUAUAAAUUUAAUCACAAGUAUCUAUGUUGAUGUAGCUAAACAACAAAGAACAAAACGUUUAGAACGUGAACAAAACUUAGCUGUUUUAGCUAUUAAUCAACCAGUAAUCAUUUAUCGAGGGAAACGUCUUAAACAAACAAAACGAUCAGGUUUAGGAAAAAGAAAGGAAUGA